AUGGUCCCGCCGUUCCCUAUCUCGGCCAGAUUGGUGUGCGACACUGUCUACGGCUUCCAGAGCGGAGACACCUGCUUCGAUUUGGCGAAAGCCUCCAACCUAACAGACAAAGGGUUUUUGGACAUCAACCCCAACCUCAACUGUGACGACAUCUUCGUCGGCCAAUGGAUCUGCACCUCUGGAAAACUAGCAGCUUAA